ACUCGGAUAACCUGACUACAAAUAGCAGCCAGAGUGACUCCACCACUAGCACUGCAGCUCUACGAUCUAGGCUGUUCGGUGAUGGCCUAGACGAUGAGUCAAUUAGUAGACGAUCACUUACAAGUAGCAGUCUCGACUCCUGGAACAAUAACAUCCCUGCCCUCAACCAUACUGUUGUUUUGCCUUCUAGCAGCCGAGCUUCUGGUUUGGGCCACAAUUCAGGUGCAUUUAGGAACCGUUUACAAGACUGUAAUACACAGACAUCCGUGUCCUUUCCUGGCCGAUGUGAAGAUGGCACUAUCAUCGGACUUCGUUAUCCUUCCAGAAGAAGUCCGGCCAUCGGUUCACCACGAGCCGACCGUAGAACUUGUUUGGACAACUCGAGAGCUUCAAUAUUUCCAGCUGUACGGAAUCAGCAUCAUCUUCAGGUUGCCAAAGGAUCUUCACAAUCC